AUGACAAUGGAUACCAGUGGAGUUCAACAAAUUAUAUCAGCGUUAGGUGUGGUAUAUGAUCCAAAAUCAACAAACAGUCAACGACAUGAAGCACAACAAUUUUUAGAAACAAUUAAAACCAACGAAGAAUCUCCAUUUUGGGGCUAUCAACUAUCAUUACCAGCCAAUAAUGGCAAGAACUAUAUUGUAAGAUAUUUUGGACUUUCGUUAUUACAAGGGUCAAUCACAUUGAACUAUCACAAAUUCGAUUCUUUAAAAUCACAAGCGAUUAGAAAUUGGAUUAUUGAAUUAGCGUGGAAAAUUGAACCCGAUGACCCACAUUAUAUUAAAGAAAAAGUAGCAUUUCUUUGGGUUUCAAUCGCCAAACGUGUUUGGGGAAACUACUUGAUAAAAACAUACAACAAUAAAGAAAACCACAUACCAGCAGAACCAACAGCAAACUCAACCAAAUUAGACCAAGAAUCUCCUGAAGUUAGUCCUGUUAGUCCUCAAGAUGCCAAUGACGGCUGGGUCUCAAUGGACAGCGAUUUGUGGAAAUUAUGGAAUAAUAAUAUAACAUGUCGAGAAUUGUCGUUGAUAAUUCUUCGAACUUUAUUUGAAGAUAUAUAUUUGUUGGACGAUCCAAUUGCGUCUAAACGCAGUGUUAUUUUAAACCAAUUAUCAAUUUUCAUAGUCACUCCUGACGAUGUGUUAAAUACCAUAUAUGAAUCUAAUCCAAAUGUGGCAAUGUGCAAAACUAUACCUAAUGGAUGGUUCAAGAUUUGGUCACAAUUCCUCAUUGAAAUCUUGUCAACAAACGACUUCAAAUCACAGACUUGUCAAACUUUUGUUCCUAAAAUUUUAUCGACAUUCAAGACUUGUUUACAUUGGGUUCAGCCUUCAGUAUUACGUGAAGAGAACAUUAUGCAAACAUUGAUUAAUAUUUUGACUGUCCCUGAUGUUAAAUGGAAAACUUUGGCCAUUGAUUGUUUACAUAUUUUAUUCACUAGAAAUUACAACGAUAGUGAAGAUUUUGAUUUCUUUAUUGGAUCUAUAUUCUCAACUGAAGGUAUAAAUAAGUUACGACAAUUCUACCAAAGUUUAACCUUGGAUGCUGACGACGUUGACGAACAAGUGUAUUCAUUAUUGAAGAAGACCGUAGAGAUGAUUGUAUCAUUAAGUGAAUAUCUUAAUAUAAGCUCCAAGAAUAAAAUCUCCUGGGAAGAUUCAGAUAUUGAUAACUAUUUGCAGUUGGUCUUGUCAACUACUAGCCAUCCAAGUUUAAUAAUCAGUGGGUUAUCAUUGCAAAUGUGGGUCACCAUAUUAAGAUUUGACGAAUUAAGUUCUAAACAACCAAUUAUGAAAUUGCUCCUUGAUUUGUUGGAAAUUGCUGCUGAUAGAACUAUAAGCUUCACUCUUGAUGAAGAACACAUUUCCAAGAAAUUCUUGAAUGCCGAUUUUGAUUCUACUCCAGAUGCUAAUUCGUUCUUACAAAAUUACAGGAAAUUUAAUGAAGAUAUUGUAAGAAUCACCGUGUGUAAAAUCCCCGAAGAUGGCUUAAUGUGGUUGAAUAAUCGAUUACAAACAUUUUUCAAUAGCGAAUUAGGUGGAAAAUGUAUCAAUGACUAUAAAUUAACUGAAAAAUGCCAAGCAUUCAACUAUGGAACUUCUCAAUUCAACAUUAUUGAAAAUUGUAUCCGAGGAAUAUCUCGUUGGAGAAUUUGGUAUAAUGAUGAUGAUUUUGAAGUUAUCAAUGAUCGAUUAAAUAAAUUGGUUGAAAGUUUAGGUGAACGAUUAUUAGCCAUGAAUUUAGCAUCGCCAUUGUUGAUUAGAAAACAAGUUCAAACAUUAGUACAAUUUGCCCCAUUAUUGAAGGAUGUUUCUCCAUUAAUGUUUCAAGUAUUGGAAAAAAUCUUGACCACAGCCACAUUUGAAUAUCCGGAAGGUAUCUCUGACGAAGAAAAAGAAUUGAUUCGUGAUUUGAGAACAAGUUGUGGUACCGAAUUAAAUAGAUUGGCUUAUAUCAUGCCAGAAUCAUUAAAGAGAAUAUUCACAGAUUUAGAAAACGUCAUUGCUAAUAUCUUAUCUUCCAAGAAAAUUAGUGAUCAUGAAAAUGUCGCCUUUAAAUCCUUCUUAUUAGUGAUUGCCUCUAGAUCUACCAUCAAUGAUAAAGAUGAGAUUUUUGCCAAGAUAGUUGAUCCAGAAUUAGCAGCAUGGUCUGCACCAGAAACCGAAAAGGGGUUAUUAGAUUUGCAUUGGUUUAUGGAAAGAAUUGGGAUUGUGGAAAUUGCAUCAUACUUUCAAAGCAGAGGCAUAACACCAACAAGUGAUUUACUUGAAGUUAAAAUGGACAAUGAGGGGAGAUUACUUAAGAAUAGAUUAAAAGAUCACUGGUCUUCCAUAUUCCCCAUUAGAGCCACUAGAAUUUUCAUUCAAUACAGUAUUGAAAAGUUAAGCCACGAUUCAAGUGAAUAUUUGAACUUGUUAAAAUUAUGGAAACCAAGAGUACAACCAAUCAUUCCACAUAUAUUGCAAUUGCUCACCCAAAUCCAAGCAUAUCACAACCCCAAAAAUUGGCAAGAUUUACCUCAGGAAGUACAAUCUUUUGUUAAGUAUAGUUGUAUGGAGAGAUUCUGGCAACAGGGUGUUUCAAUUCAAACUAAGGAAAACUUUAUUGAAGAAAAUGUCAAAGCCGCAUUAACAUUACGAGAUUUUGCUGAUUCGGUGGGUCAUUUAAUUAGAUAUACUAGAGAAUAUGCGUUUUUAACUAUGGGAUCUUUAUCACAAUUGGAAGAUACACUUUAUGAAAUCCCUAAUAUUGCCAUGAUGAUUUGGAAAUCCGUUGCGGGUGAUACUGCUGGGAUUACAUUACAUAGUUGGAAACAUAUGAUUAACAGUUGUUUGAGAAUUGUGAUCAAGAAUUGUCCCAUUAAAUACAUUGAUGUAUUUAUGAGUGAAUUGUUGCCUACUGCACUUAAUGAUUUGGAUGAUUUGAUUGUCACCAAAUGGAAAAAGAUUUAUAGUAAUGGAUUGCAAUUACUUGAAGAAACUGAUGAAACAUUAUCUGAAGAAAUGAUGGAAGAACAUAUGUUGCGUCAAUUGACUGCUACCGUGGUAAGAUUAAUUAUGGAUAUUGUGGGACAAUACAAUAGCAAAACAUUAACUGAUCAGCAAUUUGCCUGUCGAAAAUUGAUUAUUGAAAAUCAACAAGUCUUAGCUCCUUUCUUAAAGAUUUGUUGUCACAUUAUUCUGAUCAAGGAUACUAAAUGUUCAUUUAAUACUAUAUUAGUGGUCAGAAAUAUUCUUCUGGAUAUAUUAUUGAAGAAUGAUGAGGUUGACAAAUACUUGUGUGAUUACUUAAUGAAACUGUUGAUACAAGUGCUCACUGAUGAUUACUUUGUGGAAACCCACAAUGAAGCAGCCAUUGCAUUCACCACAUUAUAUUGUGGAUUAAGAUCGAAGAACGAUUAUCCAGCAAGAGUAUUAAUUCAAUUACUCCCCAAUAUUUCCACACAACAUAUAAGUAAUUUCGAAACGUUAUUAGUCAAUUCAAAAUCAUUAAAACACCAAAGGCUGGCAUUAUUAGAAUUGAUAAAGUUGUCCAAGGAGCAAGGUAGUGGCCUUGGUAACAUGUUUGAUGAAAUGAAUAACCGUACCAAAGAGUUGGAAAUUGCUUCUGCAAAGAAGAAGAAACUGGCUGGUGGUGAUUUAAUGAAUGAUCCAUUUAUUGAAAAUGGUGCUCUUGGGAACCUAUUUGGUGAAUAA